GAGGUUAGCGCCUGCCUGCCCGUGCCUCCGCCGCAGCUGCCUGUUCCAGAGACAGACAGAGAGAGGGGAGAGGGAGAGAGUGAGAGAGUGAGAGAGAGAGAGAGAGAGAGGGAACAAGAGAGGGAGGGAGGGGAGAGCAGGAGAGCAAGAAAACGAGAGCGCGGGGAAGAAAGAGCACAUGAAAGCUUGAGAGAGACUGGUGGAGAAAGAGAAAAAGACAGCGUGUGAGCACAAGGAAGAAAGGCUGACGGGAAGAAAGAGAGACUACUAGAGAGAGAGAGAGAGAGAGAGAGACAGAGAGAGACAGAGAGAGGGGGAAAGAAAGGGAAGGCACACGGUGUGAACGGGAGCAGUGGAAGGCUCCACAGCCAUGGCAGCAGUGUUUGUGUUGGGAGAGCGAUGAGAUGAGACGAGGCAGCCAUGGCUAUGUCACUGAGCGCCGACGAUGAGGAUUACGACUCCGACAGCACUGAGCAGCAGCGCCCUCCUAAUCGUCCGAAGCCCAAGAUGGCGUCGGCGGCCUCGGCUGCGUCGUCUCUGUCCACGCUGGGCUCUGGGGGGGCGGCCACGGGCGUCAAGCUGCCGUCCAAUCGCAGCGCCUCGGGCGCCCGCCGGCGCCGCACGCGAUGCAGGAAGUGCGAGGCGUGCGUGCGGACGGAGUGCGGGGAGUGUCACUUCUGCAAGGACAUGAAGAAGUUUGGGGGGCCGGGACGCAUGAAGCAGUCCUGCAUCAUGAGGCAGUGCAUCGCACCGGUGCUGCCUCACACGGCGGUGUGUGUGGUGUGUGGCGAGGCGGGCAAGGAGGACACGCUGGACGAGGAGGAGGAGAAGUUCAACGCCAUGCUCAUGGAGUGCUCCAUCUGCAACGAGAUCGUACACCCCAACUGCCUCAAGGUGAAGGACGUCGCUGGAGUGGUGAACGACGAACUGCCCAACUGCUGGGAAUGCCCCAAAUGCAACUACGCCGGGAAGACAGGAAAAGUCGUCAAGCAAAAACGGGGACCAGGCUUCAAGUACGCGUCCAACCUGCCGGGCUCGCUGCUACGAGAGCAGAGGCCCGGGCGUGAGGCGCGCGACGACGGCAGCGAAGGGGGCCCCCCCUCGGCCUCCUCCACCGGAGAAAGGGGAGAAAGGGGAGAAAGGGGAGGUGGCACUGGAUGUGGUACUGGAGGAGGAGUUGCUCUUGGUGCCAGCGGCCACUCCCCAGCAGGCUCCGUCACCCCCAUCUCCUCCUCCUGCUCCUCCCACAUCUCCUCCUCCCUCAACUCCUCCUCCGCCUCCCUGGGCCUGAAGAGGAAGAGCGAGAGAGUGGACGAGGCGCCCAGGCUGCGACCGGACUCGGACCUCUCGUCGUCCCGGGACUCGGGGCCCCUCCACCACCAACACCACCACCAACAACACCACCAUCACCACCAUCCACACACGGGGGGCGACCGGCGGCUACCCCCGCUGCUCACGCCCAGCGGCGUGCCCCGGACGCGGCCGGAGAUCCCCGCCUUCCUGCGCAAGAAGAGGAAGCUGUUUGAGGACGAUGACGAGGAGGAGCUGCAGCAACAGCAGCAGCAGGAGGAGGCCAGGAGGAAGCAGAAGAGAUCCUGGCGUGACGAUCCCCUGAUCCCAAAGCUCUCUCAGGUGAAGAAAGAGGAGGAGGAAGACGAGGAAGAGGAGGAGGAAGAAGAAGAGCACUCGGAGAGAGAGCGAGAAGAGGACGAGGAGGAGGAGGAGGAAGAGAAGAAACCCACGCUCAAGCGUUUGUCCAGAAUGGACGAGGGCCGCCAACACGACAGGCCGAAGCUGAAGAAAGAGGAGGAUGAGGAGGACGAAGCAGACGAGGAAGAGGAGGAGCAGCAGGAGGAGGAGGAGGAGGAGGAAGAGGAAGAGAGGAGGAGCCGGCGUAGCGAGCGCAGCCCCUCUCGACCACUCCGGGCCACGCCCACGUCACUGGAAAGCGACCUAUCGCUGGGCAGCCCCCCGCGAGCGGGUCCUAGCAGCGAUGGAGGCGUGAGCGGUGGGGACGGCGCCCCAGAGAGGACACCACCUCCCCCGACCCGCUCCUCCUCCAGGGGCUCCACCACCACGCUACCCCUCCCCUCCCAGCAGCAGCAGCAGCAGACCCAGCCGCAACCACCACCCCAGUCCCAGGCUCAGUCGCAGGCCCACUCCGGCCCACAGCAGCAGCAACAGCAGGCCCGGAGGAGGCGGCGCCUGCCCAACCGCGAGCUGAGCAGCAAGCUGAGCAAGGAGCUGAACAUGGAGAUCCAGCGCACUGAGGACUCGCUGGCCAAUGAGAACCGCCAGCCUCUUCAACGUGGACGUACCGCCGCCGACCCGGCCAACGACACCAACGGCACGCUGGACCACCAGAACCACCGCGACCACGCCAACGAGACCAGCGAGAACGAGGAGCCCAAGAGGCCCUACCGCAACGGCACCUCUGCCAGGGACGCAGGCCUGAGGGAUGGACGAGGCGGAGGCGGAGGGGGAGACCUGGAGAGGAGCGGAGGUGGUGGUGGUGGUGUUGGUGGUGGAGGUGGAGGGGGAGGUGGUGGAGGGGAGAGGCCUCACCUGCGUGCCCGGGAGAUGAACGGCACGCCGUGGGAGCUGCGGCACUUCUACGGGCCGCCGCAGAUCACGCCGCUGGGCUUCAACCGCAGCUCGCCGGCCGUGCGGCCCCCGCCGCCCCGCUCGCCCCCUAAGUGCGUCCAGAUGGAGAGGCACGUCAUCCGGCCGCCCCCCAUCAGCCCCCCGCCCGAGCGGCUGCCACUGGCCGACGGCCGGACUCACGCGGUGCAGCGGGAGAUCUGGUUGGCCAUCUUCGGUCACAUGACGCACCGGGACCUGUGCGUCUGCAUGCGCGUGUGCAAGACGUGGAAUCGCUGGUGCUGUGACAAGCGGCUGUGGACGCGUAUCGACCUGAGCCGCUGCAAAUCCAUCACGCCGCUGAUGCUGAGCGGGAUCGUGCGCCGGCAGCCGGCCACGCUGGACCUCAGCUGGACCAACAUCUCCAAGAAGCAGCUCAGCUGGCUCAUCAAUCGGCUGCCAGGUCUGAGGAUGCUGCUCCUGUCCGGCUGCUCGUGGGUGGCCGUGUCUGCACUGUGUACCUCCUCCUGUCCCCUGCUGCGCACCCUGGACGUCCAGUGGGUGGAGGGUCUGAAGGACGCACAGAUGAGGGACCUCCUCUCCCCUCCCACCGACAACCGCCCAGGUCAGAUGGACACCCGCAGCAAGCUGCGCAACAUCAUGGAGCUGCGCCUGGCGGGGCUGGACAUCACGGACAGCUCACUGCGGCUCAUCGUCAAGAGCAUGCCCCUGCUGUCCCGUCUGGACCUCAGCUACUGCAACCACAUCAACGACCAGUCCAUCAACCUGCUCACGGCCGCCGGCACCACCACGCGAGACUCGCUCACAGAGGUCAACCUGUCAGUGUGCAACCGAGUGACCGACCAGUCGUUGUCGUACUUCAAGCGCUGCGGCAGCAUCUGCCGUAUGGACCUGCGCUUCUGCAAGCAGGUGUCGAGGCAGGCCUGUGAACGCUUCAUCGCCGAGAUGUCCGUCAGCGUGCCCUUCGGCCUGCGAGAGGACAAGCUGCUGCAGAAGCUCAGCUAGUCCGUCACGUCACUCAGUGGGGACAUUCAGGGGUGCCAACAAGGGGGGACAAAGGAGACAGUUGGACCGGGGA